GGGUGAUAGUACUCCAUAGAUCCAAAAAACUGAAAUGACAUUAUCAUUACUUAUUCCUACCCAAAACGAUUAUGAUGAUGCUCAUGGAGACACUUCGCAAGAAGUUGUUUAUCGUGAGAAGAUUGCAACAUUGAACGAACAGCGAGAUGCAACCACUCAAAAACUUACCCAUCCAUGGAAAUUUGAAACUGUGGAUGGAUUUUUCAAACAAUCAAGACCGGAAACAGAUGAUCUUGUCUUCAAUUAUGCUACUGAAAACUUUGGUAGAACCAUGUCUUGGCCAGAUAUCGUGACAAAACUCCAACAAUUGAAUGAACUGGCAAACAGUAAUGAAUGUUACAAGCUUUUAUUCCUUGCAAGACAUGGCCAGGGUUACCAUAAUUUAUGUGUAGAAAAAUACGGAGUUGAACAAUGGGCCACUAAAUGGCACAAUAUGGAAACUGAUGGGGAAAUUAUCAUUGGUCCAGAUCCAAUGUUGACUCCACUUGGAGUUGACCAAGCAAAGGAAAAUAAUCAAGUUUGGAAACAAGAAAUUGACUCUGGGGCACCAAUCCCAAGUAAAUUCUAUGUCUCCCCAUUGCAAAGAUCGUGUCGUACCUUGGUGGGUACUUGGACGGGGAUCAAACCGGAAGAUAAGGAUCCACACCCGUUGGUUGUUGAAUCUCUUAGAGAAACUCUUGGUGUGAAUAUUUGUGAUAAGAGAUCACCAAGAUCAGUAAUUUCUGAAAGAUUUUCUAAACAUGGAUUCGUUAUUGAUGAUUCAGUGACUGAAUUUGACGAACUUUAUACUGAAACAAAGAGAGAAACUCUUUCAGAACAAAGUAUUCGUGUAAAUGGAUUCCUUCAACGGAUCUUUGAUGAAGAUUGGGACGGAUCCUCUCUUGAUAAAUCUAAACAACUUGAGCAUCAAUUCAUCAGUACCACAUCUCAUGCGGGAACAAUUAGAGCGUUCAUUACUGUGGUUGGUCAUAGAAAGUUUACAAUUUCCACUGGUGGAAUGAUCCCAAUUGUAGUUAAGGCUACACGUUCCUUGGAUUAGGAUCUAGGUUGGUUCUAUAGAAGAGUUAAUAAGUACAUUGUUUAUUUCAGAUGCUGCAUGGUUUUCUUUUUUAAUAUAUAUAUAUAUA